UCAGAGAUGCGAGUGUGUUUGUCAUAGGCCGGGAAACAUUCUUCAAUGAAUGGGAUGGACGCUUUACUAUCAGAGAGUACGCUGAAGGUGGACAGCUGCAUCCUGAGUAGCUGUUCAACUGGAGAAGGAAAAACACACGUUGGUUUUGCAGAGGAUGUAGUGUAAGGUGUGUGAUAUUGUCCGUCUGCUCCUCUGUGUUGUUUAGUGAGUGUGUCCUGAAAGGAAUCUCCACUUCAUUGCUCUUCACAAUGACUGGCCACAGAGAGGGAACGGGGAGUGGUUUAAACUCACAGUUAGCUAAUCAGUGGGGCCAUGGGCAGCUCAAACAAGUUGUUGGGGGCUUGAUGAAAGGCGAGCACAUGUAGCCCAGCACCGGUGACACACUACCUCUAAUUCCUGAUGGCUCUUUCUCCUCCUACCACUGAGAGGUAAUAAAAGGAAUCUGCAGAAGCUCAAGAGGAUUGUUUACUCUUGGAUGCUCUUGGGGAGAGACAUCUAGUCUUUGAGAGCAGACUGAGGACAAAACCAAGGAGUUAGAAGCGUACUAACUUUAUUUUGAGCUAAACAACUUCACUACGAACAUGCUGAAGGUGGACUUACUAGUUUUAAGUUUCUGCCUUGGUCUGGGAACAGGAUACAGCGCUGUGGGUAAGAGACAGUAUCAGAUCCAAAACGGGCCAUGUAGCUACACCUUUCUGCUGCCCGAGCAGGACAACUGCCAAACCCCGAGCAACAACUACAACUAUCCAGUUCAAAAGGACGGACCCGUGGACAACGACGAGUCAGCUCAGAGGCUGGAACAACUGGAGAUCACCAUGGAGAACAACACACAGUGGCUGCUCAAGCUAGAGAGCUACAUACAGGACAGCAUGAAGCAGGACAUAGUCCAAAUCCAACAGACUGCUGUACACAACCACACAGCUACCAUGAUUGAAAUUGGAGCAAACCUGCUGAGUCAAACUGCAGAGCAAACAAGGAAACUGACCAAUGUGGAGGCUCAGGUAAUUCAUCACGCAACUCGACUUGAACGCAAACUUCUUGAAAAUUCUCUGUCAACCAACAAGUUGGAAAAACAACUAAUCGUUCAAACAAAUGAAAUCAACAAGCUGCAUGACAAAAAUAGCUUUCUGGAGAAAAAGGUGGGUGAUAUGGAGGAGCACAGGCAAGUGGAGCUGAAGAUGCUUCGAGAUGAAAAGGAGCAGCUUCAGACUCUAAUACUGAGGCAGACGGCCCUCAUAGGCGAGCUGGAGCAACAGCUGCUCAAAGUCACCUCCAACAACACCGCGCUCCAGCAUCAGCAGCAAGAGCUACUGGACACUGUGAACAGUCUCAUUCGCACCCUCUCUGUUGGCUCAGCUCAAGAGAGCAAAACUGCCAUGAUGCAGGACACUCCUACCACAUUCAUGGACUGCGCUGCCCUCUUCAAGUCAGGAAACACCCAAAGUGGAGUCUAUACUCUCACAUUACCCAACACGACAGUGGAGGUUAAGGCUUUCUGUGACAUGGAGACAGAGGGAGGUGGCUGGACAGUCCUACAAAAACGCUUUGACGGCCGUGUUGACUUUCACCGUACGUGGCAAGAGUACAAAAAGGGAUUUGGAGAACCUCCAGGUGAAUUCUGGUUAGGAAAUGAAUUUGUCUCCAAACUGACAAUUCAACAGUCCUACAAACUAAGGAUCGAGCUGAGUGACUGGGAAGGAAACUCUGGAUUCUCACAAUAUGACCAGUUUUCUCUUGACAGUGAAGCACAAAAUUACAGGAUACACCUUAAAGGCUACAGUGGAACAGCAGGCAAAAUAGGCAGCAUUGGGCAGCCAGGAAGUGAUUUCAGUACAAAGGAUGCAGACAACGACAAAUGUGUUUGCAAAUGUUCUCAACUGACAACAGGGGGUUGGUGGUUUGAUGCCUGCGGUCCGUCCAAUUUGAAUGGGAUGUAUUACCAGCGAGGUCAAAACUCAAAUCGCUUCAAUGGAAUCAAAUGGUACUACUGGAAAGGCUCAGGCUACUCACUGAAGUCCACUACAAUGAUGAUCAGACCAGCAGACUUCUCUGGUUCACUUUGAACUGCCACUCUCAGAGUAAAUAAAGCGGGAAGAAAGAUCUGCCCGACAAAGCAGCAAACAACAAAACCAAAAUUAAAAAUUCUGAAGGGAAGCACUUCAAAGCACUCAUGAAAUUAUUUUUACAUAUCUUUAGGGUUAGGGAAAGACAUAUUUUGUGCAUGUUUUUAUGUGUAAUAAUCAAAUCAAAUGGGUUAGUGCAAAACAUUCUGAAGUAUGGACUGUCAAAAUGACGAGAAGCUGUACUGAAAACAAGAGCGGUGUGCAUAGACAACUAUAGGCAUUGUAAAAACAGCCAACUGAUCAGACAGGAGAAGCCAGAGUAAAAAUCAACUAAUUUAAUUUCUUGAAUAAUUUUAAUGUGGUUUAAACACCCCUUUAACUAUGUUUUGAAUAAUAGCCGCCUACUAUGGUACAACAUGCAUACAAACAAAUUGCUCAAAGCAAUUGUUAUGUAUUCUGGAAGAGAUUCUGUUGAAUGCCUAUAAUGUAAAAAUGCCACUGAAAACAUUUCCCUUAAGAUACUCUCGCCUUUCUCCAGAGAAUGUAUGUAAUUUGUUGUUUAAUUUAUAUGUAGAUUUUAAGGUUUAUAUUUAACAUUAUAAUAUUUGAUGGAGAUUUGUUACAGAUCUUGAGUGCUAGUUCCUAGCUAGUUAACAAUUUAAUUGCACAUAAACUUCUUUUAAUAUAAUUCUGCAGUAUCUUCCCACAUGCUCAUAUAUGUCGGUGAUCUUUUUGCAGUCUUUUGCGAAUGUAUUUUUAUAUUUAUGUAAUAUUUUGGUUCAAGCUGCAACAUAAUUUUUGAAGUUGUAUACAUGAGGAAGCUGAAUUUCUCAUCAGUAAACACUGGCUUUAGAAUUUUUUUUAAGGUUGUUUAACUAUAAAGCCCAACCAGCUGUUACAUGUCUGUAGUUAAACAGAUCCACAGGGCAGAAAGCUUAAGACAUGGGUCUUAACUUUGAAGUUCUUUUACACAAUAGUCCUGUUCUACACUAAGGAAUGAACCACCUCGGGAAUGCACAAUUGUCAAUUACCAUUUCUAUUGGAAAAUAAAAAAAUUUACAUGCUCUAAUAAUGCAUUUUUAUUGUUACUUUUAAGGUAUUGAUCACAACCUACAACUUACACCUUUCAAAUUCAAUUCCCAAACCUUCAGAGGAGUAAUAUAGGUAUGCCUAUAUGUCACAGUAUGCAAUUUUAUAUUGCUAUGUUGUGUUGCUUUUUGGAAAAAAUCCAUUUUAGGAAAUCUUAUGAAUAAAAAGCAAUUGCAAAUGUUUUUGGCUAAUUCGGUGAAUUAAAUACAGGACAAAUAAAUAUAAAGAUCCCCCAGUGUAGCCAAAAAGUUGUCCUGAUUAUUGAUUUAUAAGAUUGCUCAUGAUGUCCUAAUGCAGAAAUAUAAGGAAUAAUUACAGCAGAACAUUUAUAGUCAUAAGAUGAAAUUGCAAAACUCUUUCAUAUAUUGGCCUGAUGUUACAAGUAGACUCCAGUCUUUUAAUCUUACUGCCAAAAACGCUUAAGUCGAGCAUCAUUAUUUGAACAGAGGCCUGUCAUUUUACAUUACAGGAUAUGCAAUGUAUGUAAAGAAAAUUCACUGCGAAAAUUGUCUGUUUAAACAACAAUAAUGAAUACUACUAAAAUCAGUUUUUAUCAUUAAUACUGACAACAGCUGAAGGCAACACCAGGCUCCAUGCAGCACCAGAUCUGAACAAAAAGAGGAAAGCAUGAUGUUUGCCAAAUGUUGGCUGUCUGCCUAAGAGUAAAGGAAUGAUAAACAGCCGCAAGGACAUCAAAAUUCUUCGUCCGUCAGACAUCAUGCAAUUUCAAGAGGAAAUGUGUUGACAUUUGUCUGCAUCAAGAACGUACGUCUUCUCUGGCUGUGGCAGGAGGGGACAGUGAUUCAUGAAUGACGAGUUCAGGAAGAGGCAACAUUCACAUUUCACACAGGAUGCUUCAGGAAAAACAAGUGGACUGAAAAUGGAUGACUGGCAAUAAAAUAGAGCAGGUUUCCGUCCAACUUCCUCGGCUUUGGUUUUACGAGUGUUUAUUAGUUCUGAGUGUCAAAUGGGGGCGUUGAAAAGAUGAUUUAUCUAGAGAAAAUGAUUUAUGUGCAUAAAUAAAUAAAUAAAUUCUCAUUAUGAAACUGAAGGAAUAUGAACAACCUGUGCCGCAGGGAAUUGGUCUGAAAGUUCGUA